AUGGAGCUUCAAGGCUGCACUAUGCUUGGAAUUUGGAUACUUGCACUAUUUCUGCUCAACACAGCAGAAGGCAAAGAAGUUUGCUAUGACAGGCUUGGAUGUUUCUCAGAUGAUAUACCAUGGUCUGGGACUGCAGAAAGGCCAAUCCAUAAGUUACCCUGGGAUCCAAAAAAGAUAGACAUUCACUUCCUCCUGUAUACAAGAGAAAACCCUGAUGUCUUUCAAGAGAUCUCUGCAGUUGAUGCCGCAACAAUUGACUACUCCAAUUUUAAUGCUAGUAGGAUAACCAGAUUUAUUGUACAUGGAUUUGUAGAUAAUGGAGAAGAAAACUGGCUGUCAGACAUGUGCAGGAGGUUGUUUACAGUGGAAGAUGUGAACUGUAUCUGCGUAAACUGGAAAAGAGGUGGGAGAUGUCAGUACACCCAGGCAUCGAACAACGUCCGUGUUGUAGGCGCCGAAAUAGCUUAUUUUAUAAAUACUCUUAUGGAAAAAUACAAAUACUCUCCAGCUGAUGUUCACAUAAUUGGCCACAGCCUUGGAGCACAUGCUGCAGGUGAAGCUGGCAGGAGGCGGCCAGGGAUUGGAAGAAUAACUG